CAGACCACGUCUGCUUCCAGAUUUGCGUUUAAACUGGCGUAUCCUAGGUACCGUCUCCCACCGCGGAGGCCGUACUGGUUUUUAGGUGCCUAAUUCAGAACGGGGGGGAAAAAAAGGAAGGAAAAAAAAAAGGAAAAAUUUCAUCAGCCAAUCAGAAUCACCCGUGAAGAUCGCCCAGGCCUCCAGAGAUAUGAGCGAGGCUUUUCAGGGAGAGGGCUCCUUCGGAGGGGCAGCCCAACCAAUCAAACUGAAGCCCAGGUCUCCGGCCGCGUCGCCGUGUGGGUCGCCGAACGCUAGGGACUCGCCGCGGGCCUCCCCCCGGAACUCUCCGUUCCUGUUCCGGAAGCUUCUGGUAAACCGUAGCAUCACCCUGCAGAGACGCUUCACGCUGGCGCACACGCCCAGUUUUGACGUCGAGAAUGGGUUGUCCGUGGGCCGAAGUCCGUUGGACCCUCAGGUCAGUCCGAGCUCCGGUCUGGUCCUGCAGGCCAACUUCCCUCACAGCCAGCGCCGGGAGUCCUUCCUCUACCGCUCCGAUUCCGACUUUGACCUUUCGCCCAAAGCCUUGUCCCGCAACUCCUCCACCACCAGUGACGUACAUGGAGAAGACAUGAUUGUAACACCGUUUGCACAGGUUCUGGCCAGUCUCAGAACGGUGAGGAGUAACUUUGCCACUUUAACACAUCUACAGGAUCGGACAACAAACAAGAGAACGACAAGCAGUAAUCCCCCCACGGUGUGCAAGUCAAGUGUGCAAGAUGAGGCUUGUCAGAAGCUGGCGAUGGAGACACUGGAGGAGUUGGACUGGUGUCUUGACCAGUUGGAGACACUGCAGACCAGACACUCCGUCAGUGAGAUGGCAUCUAACAAGUUUAAAAGGAUGCUGAAUCGAGAGCUCACACAGCUGUCUGAGACGAGCCGAUCGGGGAACCAGGUCUCUGAGUACAUCGCCAGCACCUUCUUAGAGAAGCAGCAUGAUGUGGAGAUUUUGUCCCCGCCGCCGAAGGAGAAGGAGAAGAAGAGAAGGCCGAUGUCCCAGAUCAGUGGGGUGAGAAAACUGACACCCAGCCCUGGACUCGCUCCCGCCUGUAUCCCGCGCUUUGGAGUCCGCACUGCACAGGAGAGCCAGCUGGCCAAGGAAAUUGAAGACAUAAACAAAUGGGGUCUUGAUAUAUUUAAGGUAGCGGAAUAUUCUGGAAACCGGCCGUUGACGGUGAUCAUGUACACCAUUUUCCAGGAGAGAGAUUUACUGAAAACCUUUAAAAUUCCCGUGAACACCUUCAUCACCUUCAUGAUGACACUGGAGGACCAUUACCACAGUGACGUAGCUUACCACAACAACAUCCACGCUGCUGACGUAGUCCAGUCCACGCACGUGCUGCUGUCCACCCCUGCACUGGAGGCAGUGUUCACUGAUCUGGAGAUUAUGGCUGCUUUAUUCGCCAGCGCAAUACACGACGUUGAUCACCCUGGGGUCUCCAACCAGUUUCUCAUUAACACCAACUCGGAGCUGGCCCUGAUGUAUAACGACGCGUCGGUGUUGGAGAACCAUCACCUGGCUGUGGGGUUUAAACUGCUGCAGGAGGAGAACUGUGACAUCUUCCAGAACCUCAGCCGAAAACAGCGCCAGUCGCUCCGCAAGAUGGCCAUAGACAUGGUGCUGGCCACUGACAUGUCCAAACACAUGAAUUUUCUGGCCGACCUGAAAACCAUGGUGGAGACAAAGAAAGUGACCAGUUUGGGAGUGUUACUGCUGGACAACUACUCAGACCGCAUUCAGGUUCUGCAGAACAUGGUCCACUGCGCUGACCUCAGCAACCCGACCAAACCUCUGGAGAUUUACCGUCAGUGGACCGACCGGAUCAUGGUGGAGUUUUUCACGCAGGGCGACCGGGAACGAGACAAGGGCAUGGAGAUCAGCCCCAUGUGUGACAAACACAACGCCUCUGUGGAGAAGUCACAGGUGGGCUUCAUCGACUACAUCGUCCAUCCCUUGUGGGAGACGUGGGCGGACCUGGUCCACCCCGACGCUCAGGACAUUUUGGACACGCUGGAGGACAACAGGGAGUGGUACCAGAGCAUGAUUCCUCACAGCCCCUCGCCUCCUCCCGAGGAGAGAGACCGGGAGAAAUUUCAGUUCGAGAUGACCCUGGAGGAGGAGGUGGAGUCGGACGGCGAGAGCCCCCACGAAGAGGAGAUGCCGGAGGCGGAGUCUUCUCAGCCUCUGACGGACGGCAGGACACGCCUCUCGCCCCCUCUCUCCGCCCACUCCUUCAGCCCGCGACAUAGGACGUUGGCCCUAGAGAUGGGCCCCGCCGUGGACUGUACAGACGGAGAGCGAGGCAUGGACCAGGAAACAAGUAGUGUAUCCAGUCUACGGCUGGGCACGUAA